AUGGAUGGGGUGCACAGCACCGAGAACGCGGCGGCGGGAAACGGCGCCGAACCCCCACCUCGCUCUUUCGCAUCCCUGGCUGCGGGGAGAGGGGAAUGCAGGAAGCCUCCCGCAAGUAGAGGUACCUGUGGCUCCUGCCGCAGUCCCCCGCCGCACAGACACCGGAGCCCGACACCCGACUUCCGGGGUCAAGUGGAGGCGGGGAGCACAAAAAUUGCGGUCGGGGAGCCUCAGACCCGCCCCGAUCCAAGCUCCACCCACCACUGUCCUUUUUUACCCAGGACCAGACCAACUUCCGGGACGCCGCGCGUCACUAAGCACCCGACCUUCACUUCCGGACUCAUCCCUCUCCUUACCCACCCCCGUAGGAGCCAGCACGCGUUCCAUAGAGUUUUUCGCGCGUUUGAUUGGCGGAUCUGGAGGUCUUCGCCGAUUGGUGCAGAAGAAAACUUCCCCAUAGACGACCGCGGACUGUUUCUGGCGCCGCUGUUUCCCGCCGGCUAUAAGAUUUGCGCCGCAAUCAUGGUGGACGUAAUGGAGUCGCCGGGGUCGCGCGUGAACACCAGCAUGUUGCCGAGGUCACGCAUCAAUGCCAGCAUGUUAGCUCAGUUCAUCGAGCGGCCUGUCUGCUUCGUAGGAAAGGUUGAGAAGAUUCAUCCCACUGGAAAAAUGUUUAUUCUUUCAGAUGGAGAAGGAAAAAGUGGAACCGUUGAGUUGAUGGAGCCUCUCGAUGAAGAAAUCUCUGGAAUUGUAGAAGUAGUUGGAAGAGUAACAGCCAAGGCAACCAUCAUGUGCACAUCAUAUUUCCAGUUUAAGGAAGAUAACCAUCCUUUUGAUCUUGGACUCUACAAUGAAGCUAUUAAAAUUAUCCAGGAGUUUCCUCAGUUUUAUCCUUUGGGGGUUGUCCAUUAUGAUUGA